GAAGAUUAUGGGCCUUCUUCCAUUCCCAUUUCCCAAGGUUGGUUAGCUAUUAUGCUUUCAGACAUUCUCAAAUCCAGAAAGUUAUCUCUUAAAGGGAGUGCUCAACCUAGGGACAAAGUCAAGACACAAAUCGAUCAGGCAAAUGUACUUUCUGGUACCCAAAGUGUGAACCAAUUGGCUAGUGCUGUGGUCAACUUAGCAGUCAAUGGUGAUUCAUUUGCUUUGGAAGAUUUUCUUACCCUUGAACCAUUUAUUAACACAUACAAAAAUCUAAAGAAAGGAAAUAUCCCUAAAGUGAAUGCUUUAGAUUCUGCACUUGCAACUUUAAAGGGUAUCAAAGCAAUGACAGUGUUUUCACGUGUGUGAUUGAAAGUAGGUGGGAAAAAGACUCGACAUCUAACCUUAGAUUUGCAAGGCUGAAUCUUGUU